AGACGAGACGUAAGACACGUGGCAAUUGCUCCUGUUUUCUUCUGUUGCAAUCCGUUGUUCGGGUAUCCCUGCACAUCCAAUGGCCUCUGCGGAUCUCUGCGAAGGCGUCAAUGCGGCCCUUUCCAGCAGCAGACGUUUCCGCAAAGAAGCUCUUUGCUAUCAGUGUGCGCUUCGUAUGUCCAUGCUCUUCAACUACCCCCCACCUCGCACGUUGGGCCAGGUGCAGCCGACCUCGACAGAGGCAAGAACGGCAUCGCUGUGUCCCAUCUUGGAUGACGAGCACCACCCUCUCUUCACCAUCGUCCACGAGACCACAGAGAGCGCGCAGCGGUAUUUCGCAGGGGCGCUGUCGCCUGCCACUGCAACAGGAGCACACGGCGAUGCAUUCCACGCAGCCAUGGGUGAUGGCGACGCACAGGGAGACCGUGUCACGAAGGGAUCCACCGCCUAUGGCAUGCUGGCCGGCGACGCCGCUCCAAAACACGCCGUCUCGUGGCUUUGCAUCGCCUGCAUGGGACUCUACCAAUUCAUCGACCUCAUUCACGCUCCACUGGCGGCGGCCGAGGUGCGUGCGAGUCCGUACUUCGACUCCGCCGCGAUCACCAUCAAUGUCAACGUGAAUCGGAGUUUCACCUUUACCUGGCUGGCCGUGGCGACGCGUUACUUUGACGUCAAAGGCACGGGCGUCGACUGCCCAUCCGCAACGUCGAUCGUGAAGGAGGAGCUGAGCAACUUCAAGGACUUCUACAUGAGCGACCUGCGGGCGCGCAUUUUGCCGUAUCUUCUGCACCGCCAUAGCGAUGUUGUCGCCUCCGCGACGGCUCCCUCCUCCAUCCUGCGCAGCACCACGCUGCCUGGCAUUUCCGUGUACGCGAAUGCGGUCAACAAAGCUCUCGCAGUCAAAUCCGCGGCGACACAAACGGCAGAGGCGUGCGGCGACGGGCAGGGGGUGAAAAGGGCGCGCGUCGAAGGCAGCGACGGCACCACCGAGGGGAGAUCCGUUGCGCAUGCGACGGCGGCGGACUGCGCCACGAGCAACGCGGCUGCCGUGCGCCCUCCUCCUCUUCGCGCCAUGCAGGCUUUCCGCUACAGCGGCAGCAGCGAGAGUCUUGUCGGCGAGGUUUUUUGCCGGCACCACGCCACGGAGGGCCUCAUCACGGAGGGGUACCUUCCCGCUGCCUACUGCGGCAAUCGCUCGACCGAAGUGCUGCCCUACAGCGUCAUCUACGACUACGCCAUUCCCUACCUGGUAAGGGAAGGUUGGCUCCCUUCGCCCUCCACGGCGGGCGGUGCGAACCCUGAUGGCCGCACUGGCGCUUCACCGGAGGAGCGUCGUGCCGCCGCCACCGUUUCCUGCCAGCUGCAACACACGAACAUCUUUCUCAUGGGCAACUACCGCAAGAUGAUGCGGAACAUGUCGCAGUCACCGUGGUUCCUCGACGGGCAACGGAUUGGCUCCUACUCGCUGCAAGAGGUGGUGGCAAAUCCACUUCUGCCCUUCUUCUUUCCCGAUCUGCCAGCGGCGCCGUCGGAGGCGCAGCGGGAGAGCGGCCACGGCAGUGCCGCUGCGGCGUUGGUAGACACGAAGGACGUGGGAGAGCCUGCCACCGCAGCACCCAAGGUAGAGCGCGGUGCACAUGCCGCACGAUGGCAGUCGGUAGCUCCAUCCGUGGCGUCGUCCACCUUAGUCUUUGGCUACAACCGCUACAAGUUUCACAGCGCUGGUCGCGAGGACGUGGACGUGCGCAUGCUCGGUGAUGGCCGCCCGUUUGUCUUGGAGCUCAUCUCUCCCAUCCGUGAGCACUUCACGGACGACGAUCUACGCCGGCUCGAGACGGCCAUCAACGACAGCUAUAUCGGUAGUGUCGAGGUGAGCCACCUGCGCCGCACAGACGCGGAGGUCACGGUCCGUCUGGCGCGGCACUCGGAGAGCAAGGUGAAGCGCUACCGGUGUGUGGUUUGGUCCAGUCGUGCCAUUGAAGAUUUUGCGACGGACGCGCAGGUGCAGGCGAUCCAUGAGAUGAAGGACUUGACAAUUGCACAGAAGACACCGCUGCGUGUGUUGCAUCGCCGCUCCUUGCACCCCCGCCCACGGCUGAUUCACUCCAUGAAACUGACCCCUCUCAACCCACACUGGUUCUUGCUCGACCUCGAGACGCAGGCGGGGACGUAUGUGAAAGAGUUUGUGCACGGAGACAUGGGCCGCACCACGCCGCACCUUGGCAUGCUGCUCCAUGCGCGGACCGACAUAAUCCAACUGGAUGUUGUGGGCAUGGUGAUGCACGACCUGGAUGUCGGGUGA